UGUAAACCGAAGCUUACCCUCCUGAAGCUCGGUAAUUUGGGCAUAUUUAUGGUAAACGGAAAUGUUCCAAGUUUCUCCGGAGUAGCAUUAAGGCUCGCUGCAAGAGGGCUGCACAGUUGAGAUACAUCGCUAGGCUUGUCCUGCGUUACGAUUCUGGCCUGUGCACGCAAAGCCUCCUGGGCCUCAUUUCGUUUCUGCUCCUCCAAUUCGUGGCGAAUCUCCGCGAGGACCUCCUCAAGUAUCUCGAAGCUUACACCUUCAAUUCUUUUGUAAAAGUCUUUUGUGAUCACAUCAACGAUUUCUUCGCCAAUGACUUUUUCCGUUGCUUCUCGCACAGCGCCAACAUUUCGCAUGAAACGUUUCUUAUCCUUAUUAGAUGUUCUGUUGCGUCCUGUCCGCUCCCUUUUCCUGCGUUUAGCUUUUGAAUGCAUAGUUUCUACAGGACUUUGGUAAGUCGAUGCUUUAGGAACAGGGGAUACCGAAGAACCGAUGUCAACAUCCAUAUCGUCUACAUCGUCACAAGUGAGGUUAGUUGAUGCGGCUCUUUGAGGAGUAACACAUCCUUUCUGAACGCUGUUUGAUGAGCCCAUGGGUGCAUCGCUACCGAAGAUGCUAGCAACUCGAUCAGCAAGAGUUUGUUGUAAUGGCGCACACGACGAGGUUGGACGUGAAGGAGAAUCCUCGACAAAGCGCAAAGCCACCUUUGGAAGUUCCCGUUUAGGGUAACUGUGAGCUUGAUGAACGGGAAAUCCUGGGGGAGGCAAACGAGGAUUGAAGGGUGGAGGUGCCACAAUAGGGUGAUUCAUAUGCACAAUGGGAAACGAAGGAGGAGGUAGAUGUGUCGGUAAAAGCGUGACUGGCCCAGUAGGAUAGGGUAUAGGCUUAUUCUCGAGAUGAGGGAGACAGGCUUUCGACGGUCCAUUUCCCACAUGAGGUUGCGAUUGGGUGGUUACAUAGCUGGGACUAGUGAAUACACUUGGUGGAGGGGGCGGUGGUAUUAUCAACGGCGCAGGAGGAUGGGAUAUGAAAUCCUGGUGGGAACUCGAUGACCUCUCUGUCGUCUUAUCCUUUCUAUGUAACUGCUCUCCAUCAGACUCAGUGGAGCUGCUGCUCCAACGGUGCACCUCGAAUUUCUUCUCCUUAUCACCACUUUUCCCAGGCGUAGCAAUCUUCUUGUUCUUACCACCGUCAAUCUCAGCAACAUUACAGUUUUCAACAGAUUCAUCGCUGCUGACCAUCUGCAGUCCCGAGCCUUUCGUGUCACUUCGCUUCGGCUCUGAGACUCUGUAUUUUUUCUUCUUUGUGACUGUUUUGAUUUCCUCAACAAUAGUUUUCUCAAGACCUUCACGUUCUCGCGAGAUGUACUUGGUACUCAUCUCCUUUUUCUCCACACGCAAGUAUUCACCCACGUUCAAUGAAGAACUCGAACUCGAACCGCUCGACGACGAGUCUGAAGAGUGCUAAGCGUCGAAGAGCUCAAUGAAAAUGAAUAAGAACCGUCUCUUUUUCUUUUUUUUCUUUCUGCUUUGUCUACUUUUGUUGUCUCUCUUUCCAUAAGUCCCUUUUAGCUCCGGAGGCGGGAAAGGUGCUUGCGAGGUUGUGGCCAUUUCGUCAUUUGUCACUGUAGAGUUGGGAAACGACGCAGCAACUGAGAAGUGUUGAUAGUUCUGCGGAAAAGCUGUAGAGCCACAAUGAGGUAGAGCAGAGUAAGGUGGCGGUGGAGGAUAUGCAAUACCGACGAAGCCAGGAACAAAUGGAGGUGUUGGUGAUAUGGAAGCACCAGUUCCAGAGCACAGGUUAGGAGAAGAAAAGCCGUAGAGAGAUAUCUGGAUCAGGAGUGCAAGUCUCGAUGGGCUUCUCAGUAUGGAAUGAAGCGAGUCGAGCUGUCGGAACAGAACUGGACUUCGUUUCCAUAUGCUCAUCCAUUGCACACUCCAUUAUAUGAGGCCCUGGCGUGGCAGUAUGAGUUUGCUGCGCUGUUGCACAAUUCAUCUCGGUAAAAAGUUGAUGCGUGAUAGAGCCAUCCGACUUCGAAGCAAGUUGGCUCCGCCGUGUGUUCAGUAUAGUUUCUUCAAGACCUCUUAAGUGAGCGGGUAUACGCAUUUCUUCACCAGUGGUAUCCUCAUAUCGUUGACUCAGCAAAGUAAAGUAAGGGUCGUGACAGCAGAUCACUUGUCCUCCCAUGAUACUUUUGCCAUUGUACUCAAGCACGAAUUUAUGAGCUUCUGCAAACGUUGUGAAAACAAUCAUAGCCAUUCCCAUAUGCUUCUUCGUGACUGGAUGAUAAAAAACUUCGAGAUCGACAGGUGGUGCAAUUUUCGCAGCCAAUUGCUGGAGAAACGUUUUGUUGACAUUAUCGUUCAAUUUGAAAAGCGUCACUUCCACUUUGGGAUAAAACACAGUGUUCCGAUCUAUCGUGAAGGAUGGCACAUCCAAAUCAGCCUGUGGUAUCGCUCGAUACGGAAUAUAGUGGUUUCUUGGGUCAGUUAGAGGAAGUUUGACGUCAUACUUAAAAUCACGAUAAACCUAAAACAGGAAAAAAGCAUGUCAAAAGGCAAAGUUUACCUUGGGAUGUCCCGGUAUGAAGCCAUUGUAUCUACGAAUAGUUUCUUUAGCACCAAGUUCCUUGUCAUACAAUGUUUUGUAAUUCCGAAGCGCGUGUUGAUAACCUCAAAGAAUUAUCGUCGGCUCAAAACGUAUUUUAUAUCGAAGCAAUAA